UCCGCAGCUCUGGGUAAUAUUUGACUGCAACUUUUUAACUGCGGAAUUGCACGCACGGAGAGCUCCUCCCCGCUCUCAUCUCCCACCCGCCUCCCCCCGGAGCCAGCUUUGGGGCUGUGGGGAGGGCGACGGCGAGUGGAAUAUCACAGAACAUCGAACUAGGUCCCUUAUUUGACAUGCAAAUUUGCUCUUGUGGCGAGGGCGUUGAUUGUUGUGAAUAACUCAAGAUUUCAGUACAGAACCAGCAUCAGAUUUCAACCCAAGCCAAAUCAGGAUCUACUAUUAAUUCUCUAUCAAACCAUGAUGUAAAUUUUCCAACUCUGAGGCUGAAGAUGCCUGGUGUGAACAUGGGAAGUGAGCCUCAUUCUUUACCUCAGUCCAUCUUCUCGCAACUGAAGUUAUCUCCAGGGCUGAAGAAGGUUCUUUUUGCAACUGCUUUGGGUACAGUGGCCUUGGCCCUGACUGCGCACCAGUUGAAGAGGAGACGGCGGAGGAAAAAACAAGCUGCAGAGAAGUGCAAGGAGUCUCAGCUCCCUGCUUUGGGCAAAUUUGCACCCUUACGAAGAGCAACAGGAAGUAAGAGUAAUGACACCCUUAGUGCGGUCUCCUCCAGUGUGCUUGGCAGGCGUUCCAGCUCUUCCCACAGUCUGACAUCAGUACGACCAGCAAACUCACCAAGUCCGGGCCAGCCAGCUGAAGCAUGGGAAACAGGAAUAGUUAAGGAAGAGAAUGAGACAACAGAGGAUUCCAAUGUAGAGAAUCUCUAUGUCAUGGGGAUGGCGCUGUUUGAAGAAGCAUUGCAGAAGUGGGAACUGGCCCUCACUCGGCGGCAGAAGAGUAGCUCUGAAUCAGAAAAGAAUUGUCUGAUGAACCUGGGAGCAAGUGGUGGAACAGGGGAUGGCUGUGAGGAAUCCAGAAGAAAGGAGUUUUCACAGAAGCUGGAAGCGCUGCUUCAUCAAGCCUACCGACUGCAAGAACAGUUUGGGGAGACUGUACCUUCAAACAACCUGCUGGCUGAUUUUGAGUGUGUUGGUGCACUAGCACUUCCCUAUGGAGAGGAAUCCAUGAGAUAUGAUCUGGAUGAUGAUAUCACUGUGACUUCAGAGGACUCGUUUGUUUCAGCAGCAGAGCUAUUUGAUUCUUCAUAUGAUGAGGAGAGAUUCCACUUGUCCAGACCGUCUGCUUUAUACGAGGAAGCCAUGAGGGUUGUUCAAGACGAGAGGGUCUCUUGUCGGUCAUUCAGAACUGAGAUCCUGGAGUGCUACAGUGAUGAGGACUUCCUGGCAAAACUAUAUUGUGUACGUCAGGCUUUUGAGAUACUACUGCAAGAGGAGGAAAACAGACUAUACUUCAGUGAAAUUGGAAAGCAAAUGAUCACAGGACUGAUGUCAUCUGCAGGAAAGAAUGUAAAUAGAUUCCUUGAGACCUACAAAGAAAUGUUGCUCUACGCAGGAAGAGAAGAAACCUGGGCUACAACGGAGCGAGAACUAAAAGGACGAGGGGUUGUGUGCAUGAACUUCUUUGACAUUGUGUUGGAUUUUAUUCUGAUGGAUGCCUUUGAAGACUUGGAAAACCCACCUUCAUCUGUGGUUGCUGUUUUACGGAACCGAUGGCUCUCAGAUAGUUUUAAGGAGACGGCUCUUGCUACAGCUUGUUGGUCCGUGUUGAAAGCAAAAAGGCGACUAUUACAGGUCCCUGAUGGCUUCAUUUCCCACUUUUAUUCCAUUUCUGAACAUGUCAGUCCUGUACUAGCCUGGGGUUUUCUAGGACCGAAGCAGCACCUUUGUGAAGUUUGCACUAUCUUUAAGCAACAAAUUCUCCAGUAUUUGAAGGACAUGUUUGAUUUGGACAAAAUGCGAUACACAACUAUAAAUUUGCUGGCUGAUGACAUUGUUCAGUUAUCGCAGCGUCGCAGUGAGAUUCUCCUUGGUUACCUGGGAACUGAUGCAAUAAUGAAAGUGAAUGGGACAAUACCAAAUGAAAAUGGACCUUUGGAAGAGGGCAAUCUUGUGUGAUCUCCAGCCACAUAGGAUAUUUUAAAAAAAUCAAUGUUGGAAAGAGAUUAAUCAAACAACUGAGAAUCAGUGGAUUGUAUCUGAUUCCUAGAAAACUCCAUGUUGAAGAGACUUGCAAGAGUCCUAUCAGAAUACUCUACAUAUAUUGAGGUUGGCUCAUUCUAUUGGAUAUCCCUAUUUUGACAUGGUAUUAGUUGGGGAAAGAAGGAAAAGGAUGUUAUUCUUCAGUAAUAUAAUAUAUUCCGGAAUAAAAAGGCAUUUCUUUAAUAGAUAGCCGACAAAUCGUAGAACCAGGAAUAUGCUUCUCUCUAACAAUACUUUUGAAAUACAGGGACAUAGAUCAGUCCUUAAAGAGUUGCAUUAGUGUAGUGGGUAAUACAUUGGCUGGUCUAUCACUGAGCUAUUCAGACCAGAAAAUGUGGUUGUGAUCACUGGAUAUCAGGGCAGUAAAGAGUGCACUACAAUUGGCCUUCGUACUCCUGGGCUAAAGAGGAAGAGACUUUAUCCAGUCUUCCCUGUUCACUCAUUUCCCCGCACUACUACUGACACAGUGCAGAGGCACUCAUUCUUGACAAAACUAUCCAUGAAAUUUAAAGCACUUUUAAAUAAAACAUUCACCUGAAUGAAAAUGAUAAAAAAAAGAAAAUAGCAGCUGAACCUGCAGAUUAAUAAUGUUUUAAGAAAAUAAUUUGCUUAUUCAUGCUAAUGAAUAGUAAAAAUAUAAUUCUAUACUUGAUAUUGUUAGUUGACCUGUGCCAACUGAAUAUCCUCCAGUUCUGUCCUAAAUGAUGUCACAGAGGAAGGACCAAUGGAUUGUAGCCUUUAUUCACUUCUGUAUUUUAACAGGAUAAGACAGUUUUAAAACAGGAAAUGAAUGUUCCACAAUAUAAACAGCCUGUGUUUGAUGCUGUAUUUCAUAGUGAAAUGCCUUUCCACAUUUUAAAAAAAAAGUUUCUUUAGUGCCUAACCAGGUACUUGAUAAUUGUUCUAAAAGGCAUAAGGGAUUCAAAGGAGUGAUCCUGCUUGUGACAAAUAGAAUUAUUCUAAAUCUUAUCAAACACAGUCAAUCAACUAAAAUUAAACUUUGCCAGGUUGUCAUCAUCCGUGUUUCUUAUGAUAUUAAGUAUCAACAUAUUAGGUCUCUUCACUUGGGAAUGAACAUGAUCUAGUUAUUCGGACAUUAAUAAUGAAGAAAAUUAAUACACCAUAUGGGAGACAGUGUGCCAAAUAUUAGAAGCUGAGGUAGAUUCCUUUUAUUUCUCUCUCUGGCUACAAAAUAUGGUUUAAAAAGACUAAAUGAAACAAAGUUUCAGUUCAGGAGCUGAAGUCAUACAUAUUUGACACAGCUGUAAACUUAUUUUCCUUUUUAUCAAAUCCAGUUAAUCCUUUACCUUCUAGCACAUUGAAAUGCAGAAGUGGUGGUGGGUGGGUGUUGGGGGAAGGAGGUAAGAAAUUGAAUCUCUAAUAUGCUUCAGGAUUGUUUCAACUGAGACUUAGUAAUUGUAUUAUUUCCACCCCUACCAAAUAAAGAGACCUAGUGUAUUGAUACCUGAUAUUUAUUUCUUGUGAUCAUUAGAUUAUACCAGCCAGUAGUAGUUUUUUUUAAAAUUUCAGUUGCGGUGUUAACUAAAAUGGAAUGAUUCUAUUUGCUUUAGUAUCCCUUUCUGACUUUUGGAAUAAUUAGCUCCCUGUACCACUCUGAAAAGGCCACCAUUUGGUGUUGGAAGGUGUGGAGUAUUUCGUGGUGGGAAUGGAGGUAAAAGUUUUCAAUUUGCAGUUUGCUGGAGCUUGUCCAUCUGGAGCUUAGAUUGGGUUCCCUGUUAUAAUCUGGUUUUGAGAUAAUCUGCUGAUUUGUGGGAGAACUCAAUUUAAUCAGAAUUCCUUUUUUCUAACAUUAAUGUUGCAUUUCCUGUGUCAUUCUGUUGUGUUGCUUUCUCAGAUGUCUUGGGUACAGUGUGUUUCUACUAUGUGUUCAAGAGAGUUAGGGAAAGUGACUAUUGGGUGGCUUUUUAAAAAAAAAAUCAGUUGACAGUGCAGUGAUUGAAAAGAAUAUUCAUUUAGUUUACAGUGGCUAAUGGAAUCAUGUAUCUCGCCAAUUUUGAAAAAAAGGCUGUCAUGUUAAGAAAAGAUUGAUAAGACCUAUGGGACACAUGUCCUUAAUCUACUAGCUCCUGAGUCAAAAUCCCAAAUCACUCUGUAAAGAAUUUUUUCUUUAGCUAAAUGGUUGGCAUAGGAGCUUUGUGAGCAAUCUGAGACUAUGUAGAUCCCUAAUGCUUAAGCGUCUUUUAAGCUAAACUAUCAGUUUCAGUCUUGAGGACUUUCAAGGAGCUAGGUUUGGAAAUACUGCAAGUCAUUUGUACAGUAGGAAGUUUUAUCCUACAGUUUAAGUUUAUCAUUGGGUUGAAAUGCAUCACUGGGAGCUUUAUCACGUUACAUUUUCGUCUGAUUAGAAUGCUCACCUUGUGCUCGCCAAACUUGAACUGUUCUGCUUAUCUUAAUAUGUUCAUGCCCAUAAAAAUGUCUGAAAAGAAUAGGUAAUUUAAUCAAUGUACAAAUUGGAUUUCUUACCAUACUUUUAAUGUUAUUGUGACCUAAAAUGAAUUUUGAUAUUCUCUAUCCUGACCCCUCACCACCUUUCUCCAGAAGUUAGCAUAAUUGUUGAAUUUAUUGAGUCAUAUCCACUUUAAAGAGGACUAACCUGUAUCUAUGCAGCACUUUUUAUGAAUUGAGGACUUUACAAAGGCUUCAUGUGCUACAAAAUAUUCUUUGUAUAGUUACCGUCAGAAUAUAGGAAAUAUUAGUCAACUGUACCCUUUCAGCUCAACACAAAUUGUAUAAUGAAGUACAGCAGUUAUUGAGAAUGGAUUUUUUUUUGUGUGUUAUUGAGGGAAUAAGUUUUGGACAGGGCACAAGAGAUAACUCUCCAUUUUUUUAAUAUAAUGCUGUGGAAUUCUUCACCUAAGAUGGUUGAUGGGAGCCUGUUUAACAAUGCAUCAUUUAGUUGGUAUCUAUCUACUCUCAGUUCUUCAUUUAGAUAAAUCAGCCACAAAUUUUUGCUCUGGGGUGAGAUAAUGAAGAUUUAGAUGACUGCCCAUUACUGUUGCAUGGAGUAUUUGUUUUGGCAGCAUACCCAUUUCCGACCUACACCCCAACCACCUUUGACUUUGGCAGAUACCUCCUACUGCUGGGUUGGUACCAUAAUUGGUAAACAGCAUUGUUGCUUUCUUGCGAAAUACUGUUGGAAAGGAGGACCAUACCAACAGCGAAGCUCACAAUCUUGAAGUUCCUUCCUUUUUCCGCAGCAAUAACAUAUUUGAGAUAUGAUGGUAAUUGUUCAAGAGAACCAUUUGACCUGUGUUCAGCCUUUUAAAUGUAUCCUAUGAUAUAAACUAUUUUAUGGAUCAUUCAAAAACUUUUGCCUCCUUUUCCUAGGAUGACCUUUCCUACUGGUUAUCUACUCUUUGCAUGUAGAAUUAUCGUAUAUCAGUCUGAAGUUACUAUUUUUUAGUUUAGUUAAACUAAUUUGCAGAAUUAUCCUUUUCAGUAUCAUUUACUAUCUUGUGUACCCUUGAGAUUUUAGGGGUUUUGUAGGAUGAAAGGUAUGAUUCAUUUAAAUCUUUCCUCAAUAAUUAGCCUUUUAGCCUCAGCUUUUUAUUGCACACGUUCCCUAAGCCUUGUGAAUUUCUACUUUGUGUUUCUGCAGUCUGAAGUGGAUGAGUCUGUGGUCUGAUCAGUAGCCUGUAAAACAUGAUCAUUACAUCCUGUAACUUGCAUUGAACUGAUUUGGUGAUAGAAUUUUUAACAUUGUAUUUUUGAUGUUGUCCUACUUCAGUCUGACACCAUCAGUAAGCUGCUGAGAUUCUGAGGCCUUUUCCCAGGGUUUGCUAUAUCUAUUUUCAUAUCAUCCAUGAAGUGUGCAUGCUGGAGCAUUCCUAGAAUGGCCUUUGAGCAAGACACUAAUGUGAAUACUUCAAGAAAAGUUAGUUUAAUAAAAUUUUUAAAACGUUCAGUUUUUAAACCCUUCUGUUUAGCUGCACAAAGUGAACUUACAAAAUUGUGGAGGGGGCAUUUAUACCUUAAUCCACUGCUAUCAAUCUUCUUUCAGUUUAAAUGAAAAUAGCAGACAUAAUUGCAUUUUGUGUUGAAUUUGAAUAUGAUGUACUGUAUUUUGUAAAUUAAUGUAAUUUGGAUUCAGAAACUGAGUUUGUAUCAUAAUCUGACAAGAAAAUGUAUUAUUGAAAUGUUUUUUUUAACUCAUUGACCUACAACUCCUUAAUUAACAUUGCCUGUCCAAUCUAUGCUUAAAGUGUAUUCUGUUUUGCUCUUUUUUGUUACUCAUUCUGUUGAACCGUGUACCAAUUGUACCAGGCCUUGGUUUGUUGUGCUUUGCUUUGUAAUUAGUAUAUGAUGAUUAUGCAUUAGUAACCAGUCUGUGGAUGCUUGUAACAGGUAAUGUUAGAUUUUGUAAUGGGACUUUUGUAACUUUACCUUGUAGAAGGCAACAGAAAUUGUAUGUUUCCUGUCUGUUUGGAACAAAGUAAUGAGAGUAUGACAGUUUUUGAAUGGUGGGGAAAUAAAGCAAAGAAAGGGAGCAAUAGAAUAAAAUUCUGUGAAAAGUCAUCCUCCAGCUAGAUUAAUACGCUGCCUUUCAAAUAGUACAGGAAUUGGUCUGGAGCAAAUGAUCCAUCUUUCCUCAGUUGGUGUAAUAGCUCAGGUUAGAGAAUUAAAUAUGGGAAAUUGUUUUGUACCUGUAAAAGAAAUUGAUGAAGUCAAUAUAUGACAACUGGAUGUUGUAGGUGCAUUAGAUCUCACUACUGUUCUCAUUCUGUGCACAUAAUCAUUUUACUUCACCAUCUCCUAAUGGUUUAAAUUCCUUUUAAAGAAUGUUACAUAUUGGGAAAAGAGUGUAAAAUACUGAGAAUGUAACAAAAACAGAUCUACAUACUCUAAAGCUGCUGCUGUAAUUGUAGAUGGGACAAAUCCUAAUUAUAUAAAUUCACUGUAGAAAGGUUGAUGCUUGCUUUUGAACUCAGACCUAUUACCCUACCCCUAGUAGACCUACCAAUGCCAAUCCUUUAUUUACUAACAGCAAAUAUGUGAAAAUGGAACCAGUAAUUGAAAAUUCCAAAUUCAAAAACUGAACCAUAACAGUCUGAUCACAGACAUCCCUACUGUCCUCACCUUCAUUUAAUUCCAAACAGGACAGUAAUUUUGGAAAAGUCAUUACCAAAAUGUAUCUAAUGUUCAUUAAUGACCAAAUUCAUUCUGAAUAAGAGGAAUUGAUGCUAGGCAAGUUGAAGAAAGUAGUGAAGGCAAAUAAUAUACAGAUCAAACUGCAAGAGUUUUAAAGUUUGUAACUGUUGGUUUUAGUUUGGUUGAUCACCACAUGCUUUUUGGUGUGGGUAAUGAGUUCUGGUCUAUAAUGCUGCAUAAGUAUAAUUUCCUUUUCCAAUUAUAGUCUUGUGUACUUGAGGCUUUCCCACAUUUACUCUUACAGAAGUCUCUUAUGGCAGGGAGAGUGGAUCAAUUCUUGCAGGUGAUUUCAAGUUCAGUCUUAGGGCUGCUAUUGAGUUUUCUGAAAAAUUCAGAAAUUUGAGAUAUUUAGGAACUGUGAAAAGAAUGAAGGACAAGUCCAAAAUAGUUAUUCUUUAAUUAUAAAUGUGUGCCUAUUUCUUUUAUUACUGCUUUUGGUGUAAAGUCUUUGCCUUGUGAAUUGAAAUUGUAUUUUUUUUAUUUUUUAAAUCAUCACUUCUGCCCUGUACCAUUCAAUUCAUUAAAAAAAAAGUGAAAACCAGA